AUGGCAGAUCCGAGGGUGACUGCUUCUGAGAUCCAAGCAUGCCUGAAGAAGUACUUGGAGAGUGUCAACUCCAAAGACAUUUGGAGUUCUGUGGUUCCCCCGGUUGGAGGUCCGAGGACAUGGCACUGGAAGACAAGGCCUUGUGCGCGAUGGAUGGCAAAAACAGCUGGCUUGAUGUUUGAAUUGCUGGAAGUUGCCAGGAACGGCAAGAUCCACUCAAGGAAGUUGUGCUUUGCCUUGGACGCAUUGCUGGAAAGCGGAGAUGUCAAGAACACGUCUGGGUCGGAGAAGGUCCAGAAGAUGGUGGAUGCUUUAGCGCUUCUGGACGACUGCGAGGAGGAGGACGAUCAUCCUUGUUUGGAGGACUCAGUCCAGAUUUACAUCGAGGAACAGGACAAGGACGAGGAGCAAAGCCUUGUCCCGAAAGCGACGGAAGCGGAAAUGGACCAGGAUUUCUUCCGGAGUGCGCAGCUGCUCGACAUGGAUGCGAACGAACCGGAACCGGAUGUGUGGAAAAAAGGGAAGGACCAGGAGAUUUUGAUGCUUGCAGUCAGACACAAACCGUCUGCAUCGUUGCCGAGAAACUCGAAGAGCAAAGCAAGGGCACCGGCCACAGCCUUGCAGACUUCCGAGUCAGAGGGAGAGAGCAGUGAGGCACGGGAGAUGGUCGAGAACAAGACCAAGAAGCAAAACAAGAAAAAACAAGAGAAGAAUAACAAGAAGCAUAGCAAGAAGAAACAGGAAGAGAAGCAAACGAAGCAAAGCAAGAAGAAGCAGGAGAAGAAGAAAAAGAAGCCAACCAAAGACACAAAGAAGAAGAAUAAGAAGAAGAAGAAGCAGGACAAGAAGGAUGAAAUUGAGGAGAAGAAGGACCAUAAGGAAAAGAAGGCACAGGUGUUUUAUGAAGUCCUUGUCCCCAAAGCAGCAACCCCCAAGGCUGCACCCUGGGAGGCGGAAUGGUACAAGUACAGCUACCACGGGGCGAAGCAUCUAAAGACCAGGAAGGGUCACAGAAAGUUCUUCAUGAAGAAAGCUCGUAAGUUUCUCAAGGACAAAGGACUCGCCUGA